AUGUUGAACUUACUCUUCAUAAUCAGUACCUUGAUGGUGUGUGUUAGAUCCGAUGAUGCCUCUAUCGAGUGGGCCUGCAAAGAGACCCGUGCAAUUGGCAACUGCAGUACCAUGCCAAAGAUUACAGACUGGCUCCAAACGCUUUCCGAUAACAUUGAUAAUGAGGAAUAUACGGACUUACUCUAUUGCCCAUUCGAUAUCGUGGAAAAGCACGCCCAGUGUAUGGUGUUGUACUUGAGGAGUUGUAGUCAGCAAUUAAUGAUGGAGCCAACACGACAAAUCGCCUUCUCGUAUUUGCCACAAACCGAGAGAGCAGAGACUCACUGCAACAGACGCCGGUCAUACAAGAAGGAAUUUAGAGGACACUCGAAUUGCACGAAAGUAAUGUAUAACAACGAACCCCAGGAAUGGGAGGUUCAUAUGGUAAAUCAAGAGAUAGAGUUUGGACUGCUGUCAAAGAGAAUGGAGUUCAGCAAGAAAUGCGACGUUUAUCACAAAUAUUGGGAGAUGCAGAGCUCGUGGAUUCUCAAGGAAUGCGGAGCGAGUACAGAAAAGUUUUCCCGCCAAGUGCUCAGCAAUAUGUAUCCUAUAAUGGGAUUGUUGAACAUGUGCGGCGAACGGCUGACUCCUUAUGGAUAUUUCGAAACAUGA